AUGGCUGACACUCGUAAACGGGAGGCAUCGACACCACCGCCCACACUGCGCAAGUCAAAGAGGGCUCGACUGCUGAAGGAUCUGUAUCGGAAGGUCUCAACCAUUGCUGAGGGUCAGUAUGGCUUGGUCUUCAAGGCUGUCCGCAAGGACAAGGCCGACGCGGCACCUGUGGCCUUGAAGAAGCUCAAGCUGGGGAAUGUGGAGGAAGGCUUUCCCGUCACUGCUCUGCGGGAACUUGCUGCCCUUCGCUCGCUUGAAUCGCCGCAUGUGGUCCGCCUGCUCGAGGUGGUGGUCGGCGAGACCAUGGACGAGGUGUACAUGGUCCUCGAGCAUCAUCCGCUGGAUCUCAAGGUCAUCCUCGACGCCCACGGCGCCGGCGCGUUCACCAGUGCACAGGCCAAGCUGCUUGUCUGGCAACUCUUCUCGGGCCUUGCCUUUCUUCACGCCUCGUGGCUCAUCCAUCGCGACAUCAAGCCAGCCAACCUGCUGUACUCGGCUGACGGGCGGCUGGUCAUUGCCGACUUUGGCCUCGUCCGGCCGUUUGGCGAUCCGCCGCCAGCGGUGCUCACUCCGACGGUGGUCACGCUCUGGUACCGCGCGCCCGAGCUGAUCUUUGGCGAGGCGGCGUACAACACGGCUGUUGACGUGUGGUCGGCUGGCGCUGUCACUGUCGAGCUCCUCACCGGUGAGCCGCUGCUCCGCGCAGACUCGGAGACCGCGUACGUCCAGAAGAUGUGCCUGCUGCUGGGCGCGCCGUCGGAUGCGGUUUGGCCGGGCUUUUCGCUCCUGCCCGGCGGGAGCAAGUAUGUGCUCCCGGCGCAGCGCGACUCGUACCUCGACGAUCGGCUGCCCGACGGAACCUCGCUCGCUGGCCGCCGGCUGAUCAGCAGCAUGCUCACCUACGACCCUGCGGCGCGGCUGACCGCGAGCGACGUGGUGAGCGCCGACUGGUUCGCAGAGGAUCCCGUCAAGGCUGCGCAGUGGUCGAUGCCGUCGUUCCGGGAUCGGUAG